AUGGAGGAUUCUGACUAUAUUUCAUCAGAUGAAGAAGUAAGAAUUCUUUCUCCCCUUCCUCCCUCUUGAACCAAGGAUUAAUGGGUCUCUUUAAGGACUAGAAUAGAAGGGGUAUCUGGCUAGUGGACUGGGAUAGAGGAUCUGCUAUUAGUAUAUCCUAAUAAGGCAAAAACAGACAUUCAGCUAUUAAAAUUUGCAGCAGUAGCAAAAGCUACUUCUGCUUGCCAUGUGCAGGAUCCUGUCCAGGAAAAAGAUUAUCCAACAUUAGCAGCUGUAAAAGGAAGUGUAAUCAUUCACUUGGGAUAAAAUCAUGCUCUAGGUCAUCUUCUUUUUUUUACCAUCCGUAGGAUAAGACAAAAAAUGGCACACAUUUUCCAAAAAAUGUAUAAUAUGAUACCAGCUCCUCUUUCCCUCAUCAGUUGCACAGUAGUAGCCAUUCCAUGGAACUGAAGCAGAGGGAGAGAAGGGAAGCAGGGCCACUCCACCAGGUUGCUUCUGUUUUGAGUGAUAAUUUGAUGGUUGGUGUUAAAAGUUAAUAAGGACAAAUUAGAGGCAUUGCAGGGUUCUUGUGAUGUGGGAGAAGACUUACAACGUGUUUUGGAUAGGGUUAUGUUCCCCUGAAGAAGCAGGUAUGCAUUUUGAAGAGGCACCUGGGCCUGGCAGCAACUGUGACCAGGAACACUUUUCUUCUGCUUUUGCUGGCUAAUUUCUCAAAUCAGUUUAAAGCAGUAUCCUUUUCCUUUAAAGCCAUGAGUGCUCAUGCAGCAGGUUACCUCAAGGACCAUAUUCUCCCAUUCAAACCUUUCCAAACAUUGAGAUCAGUGUGUGAUGCCCUGCUCUUUGUGUUGUCUUGACAUGAGAUCAGAUGUGCAGGUACAAGAGACAGAGACUUCUUGGUGGUAGCACCAAAUCUCUUAAAUGCCGUUUCUGUGGAGAGCAACUGGACUCCAAUCCUAUUUUAUUUAAGAUUCUUUAAAAUUAAUCUACUUCUUUAAAGAAAGCCAGGAUAAUGUGUAAAUACAGCACCUUGUAGUCAAGGCUUAUCAUGAAGUUCUUCUAUUCCCAUGUUAUGCCAUCUACUGCCCUGCAGGGCUGACCUUACCACUUCUGAGAACUGAUAUUGGGUGUCAUGAAAGAGCAGCUGAUUUUUGGCCCCAUGACAGCAAAUUGUUUAGUUCAUUAUGGUGUUUUUACUCCCAGGGAGUUAUUCUUCUGGAUUUUCCACUUUGGAUGCCAAACUUUCCCACCUUUGGGUACUAUGCACUUUGACCUGCAGGGGGUGGGCAACAGCUCCUUUUUAUUUUGGGUCCUAAAAUGUCUCGCCUGGUGCUUGGGAGGAGAGGAAUGCCUAUGCUGCUCUCCACUUCUCAUGGAGUGUGUGCUGGUAUCUAUGCUCUAGCUCUUGGAACUGGGGUAAAUGGAACUUACCUAACUUCUUAUUUGUUUUCAGAUUUCUACAAAGAAAGAGAGACAUUAUCGUCUUGGGGAGGAUAACCUGGAUGAUACAAUAGAAUAUGAUUAUUCUGGCCCUGCCCUAAGAUUUGAAAAGUCUAAGCCACUGCAAACAAAGGACAGUUGUUCACUAGCCAAUGAGGAUACUGGCCAUGAUGUUGAAGCAAAAACUGUGGAGGCCCCGGACUCAGUGCUAACUACACAGCCUGUCCCUCUGACUCCUGUCCCAGUAACUGAGGGGUGUGUCCUACAUUGCAGCCCUCCUAGCCCCUCAAUUAUUAAGCUGAAUAGUGCCAUGAUUCCAACAACGAAGAACAGCAUUGAAGGUUCAGAGGAUAAAUUGUAG